CGGGAAGUUUGCUUAGCAACGUCAGCACGCUGUAAUUAAUAUUCAUGACUCCGUCCUUAGCCAUAGUAGGUUAUACAAUCUCCGUCCCGUCCAGUGAGAUGUUUGAAGGAGUGCGUCUUUAGCUCUAUGAUGGGAUAUGAGAUGGCUCUCCCAUGUGGAGAAAAAUGGACAAUGCACUCCCUCUUGUACAGCCUCAGUUGCGCAAAGUGUCACUUUCGGUGGUAAACCGUUUAAAUAUAAUAAAGCCUCAUCUUUAUGGACACUUCUCGCGAAAUUGUGGUCGUUACAGGUUUUGGUCCUUUCCGACAGUAUGUUGUGAAUCCAAGUUGGGAGGCAGCUAAGGGUUUGAAGAUGGCAGGACUUGGAUUGGGCAUAGAGGUCCAUAUUAAGGAGAUUCCUGUCAGUUAUGCAAAAUCCCAACAAGUCCUUGAUGUUAUCUGGCAGACAAUGACUCCAAAGGUUGUUAUCCAUUUGGGCAUAGCUCCAGGAGCCAAAGGCAUCACACUGGAGCAAACAGGGAAGAACCACUGCUACAAAGACAGGGAUGUGAGUGGUCUGUGCCCUGAUCAUCACUUCUGCAUUGAGGGAGGACCAGAACGACUGGACUCCAUCAUAGACAUGAGGUCCCUUAGCAAGCAUUUGAAAAGUAUGGGGCUUGAUGUCAUCUACUCCAGGGAUGCUGGGAGGUACCUGUGUGAUUUUGUAUACUACUAUUCGCUGAACCGUGGGCAGGGAAAGGCUGUGCUGAUCCAUGUGCCAGCCUCAGGCAGCCUAGCAAGCCCAGAGAGACUGGUACCACAAAUCCAGACCAUCAUCCAGGCUCUGUUAGGCCAGCUGGACUGCCCUGCACACACAACCUCAGGAUAGGUAGAAAACAAUAAAGAAAACAUCCUCCACAAAACAUUAUCCUAUCACAGAUUACAUAGCAGAAAUGCAAUAAGUGACACUCGACACAGGCCUUCAGACUCAUUCAUUUUUUUAAUUCAAAAUUUAAGAAAAAAAGAAAAAACAUGAAAAUUCUUCAGAUAUACAUUAAGCCAAUGGCAUGUAAAAAGUCUACCAUCUCAACUGGUGGUGAGGAGAAAACUGAAAAACAGGAGGCCUUAGAUACAUAACUUACAAGAGGACGAGAGUACCAGCCAAGCCAUUUCACCAUCAGUUUCUACCAAUCAAUGCAGUGACACAGAGAUUUUUCUUUUUCCUCCUUUUUUUUUUUUUUUCUUUUUUUUUUUUGUGAAAGGAAAAUAAAAAGUGUUAUUAAACUCUUUUCAGUACAGUAGAUCAAGGCCCCUUUUGAAAUUUGUCGGAAUGCCAAGCAAAAACAACAGUGCCUGGGAAAUUAUGUCUGUGAAACCUCAAGCUCAUUAUUGCAAUUAAAAUGCAUACAUGCAUCUUUUCUAAACCUGAGGUUUUGCAUUAUGAAGAAAUAGAAUAAAAUAAUAAUAGUUCUUAUGAUAGUUGAGGAAAAAAAUCUUUCAGUCAAUCUACCUUCAGGUUUGCAGAGAACUUGCAUUGCAACAUAAGCUAUUUCUACUGUAAACUUGUCUCUUUUUAUUUUAAAUUCUAGUCAUGUUCUCUCUCUCUGUGUCAUGACUACCCGUAAUCUACUGGACAUCGCUGUCCUAUUUGUGUCUGUGUAUAUGUGUGUUUCUGUAGAUCUAUAACCUACUGGUAACUAAGGAACCUUGGCAGCAUUCAAUGAAAACUGACAUUCACUUUGCAACAGGCCAAUGCUUUUGUCCAUAUUCAUUACAGAAAGAAAAAAAGAAACAGAAAUAAAUAGUGAUAUCUAUUAUUUUCCCAUUAUAAACACAUCAAAAUCUUAAUCACUACAUCUACAUGUGAUACACUCCCACCCAUAUACAUACGCAACAUUACAAGCACAAGGGCUUUUAUAGAAUGGUUAUUUCAAUCAUCUUGUACCACACAGAAUAAUAUUCUUUUCAAACAAUGUGCCUCUCAGCAUCCUGACCAGGUCUUUUCCUACAUGCGCCCUUGUUUCCAACCCCUGGAGUUCAAAAGAUCCAAAAUAUUAAAGUCAAAGAACAUUUUAAGUGCCAUGAAACAGAACGACCAGGGGCUGUAAGACCGUGACUUUCUCAGAAUCCACUUUGCAUUUUAAUCGUCUGACCCAUCGUGUUUUUUUAACGGUUAUUGAGAGAGAGAAAGCAUGUUGCUUAGAUCCACCACCUACCCAAUGCUAUUGGCAAGACUAUUUGUAGUCUCUGUAAAGCAGCAUGUUGUCAGCAGCAGUAGAAAAGAGAGGCAAAACGACAGCCCUUUCUCUCUCUAGACUAGAGAAUGAUGACGAUGAAUACGGCGACAACAAUUGGCCCUUUCUAUAUGGUACUCACUAGACACGUGGAGUGCAUCUGACCAAACAAAUCAGCUGGAAUGUUUUUCCAGAUAGGUUUACAAGAAGGGAAAAAAAUCCACUGGUUUGCUGUAAGAAAGUGUUACGAAAUCCACAUUAUGCGUUCAGCUGUUAGAUGCUUUGGCCAAAAGGUAAAAAAGAGGAUGAUUUGAUUGUAAAAGAAACAGUGGUAUUUAUGAACUAGGUGAAGUUAUCAAUGUGCAUUAAAAUCACCUUCAAUUAUAAGCUAUUGGCAAAAGUAGGAGACCCAGCAUUUUUGUGCAGCACAGUGCACAGUGUGUCUAAGAUGGGCAUGCUGGGAAACAACAUCUUUCUGCAACUGUCUUGAUUUGCCAGCAUUUGCAUUCUUUACUUAAGAUAUGCUCUCCUAAAGCUUUACGAACAGUUUCAUCAGUUAGAUGGUGGAUAAGGGGAGAUCAUUGAAAAAGAAUAUUAAAUACAAAGGAAAAACACUGAUAGCAACUAUGUUUUAUCUGUGGUCCAUCAUGUUGAAACCAUCUGGUGAAUUAGGCAUUUUAAUAUGAUUAUUUAAAAAGUACUGCAGCUUGAUUGAAAGCAGUGGGAUUUUUGUGUUGCUGGGCAUGUGAUAAGGGAUGCAAGAGACACAUAGGCAUGUUAGCUCACACCAUGACUUCCUCUCUCUCCGUUCCUGGGAGCUUGUGCUCUGUGGUGCUUAAAGAGUUUUUUUUUUUUUUUAAAUCAGAGACAAGACAGAAGAUGAUAAUGUGUCCUCUACAGAAAAAAAGCAAGAUGUAUUUUAUCAUUUCAUCACUUAACACACUUAAAAUAAAAGAGAAUGAGGUAGAUAGAUGCUGAAGGAAAUGAAAAAAGAAAGUCCCCCAGUCAUGACAUCAUGGAAAAUGCAUCUAAAAUUCAGACUUUAUACUAAAUCAUAGGGGCAUUUGUACAGUGAUUUCAACUGGUAUCACAAAAAAAAAGAAAAAAAAAAGAAAGAAAAGAAAUAAAUACCCCUUCAAAGGGGGGAAAUAACCUUCUAAGACAGGAUAAAUAAGUCCUGGGUAACGUUCCCAAAUGCACAUAGAGAAAUCCUUCAAAAUGAAACUUUUUAAAGCCAAAUAGCCAGGGAAACCUACCGUUUUAUUUAGCAUUCUUUGAGGAAACCGAUCACUUUUCUGAAUUUGAACCUGUUCUUAUUUGUUUGGUUACAGAUGGCGUAUUUCAUCAGGAAGGUUAUAGUGCUCAUUGCAUGGAUUUAUAAAGUCGACGUGGGUUGUGCGUGACACUAAAGCAGAGAUUAUGAACGUAUUUUGUUUGGAGGCAUUACAGGCUGGUUGGGGUAUGCGAGACAAAUUAAGACAACCCAAUUAGCCCUGUUACUUGCUAUUCAGUUACAUGGAUGGGUUAUAAAAAUAGUCUAUGAGGGUAAAGAAACGUCAAUGAAACCUUCUAUGACGAUGCCUGGCAGGAGGCAUGAGCAUGGACACUGAGAUACUGUAUGGUUUAGUACACUGUAAGGAGAGGCCGGCAACCUAAAAAAGCCGAGGUGGAAUCAACUAUGAUGCGAAUGUCUGGAGAACAAAACUGUAACAUUAACCUGAGAUUGAGCUGCACCACAUGAGCAGGUGCAAUGGUAGACAACUGUAUCAAGGGUGCCUAAAGUUCACAUGCAGAGCUAAAGAGUUUGUUGUAACUAAUAAUAAUAAUAAUAAUAUUAAUAUAGUUAAAAAACACAAGGCAAUGGACAUGUGGCAAUGCAGACAACCUCUUAGGGAGAAAAGAAUAAAAAUAAAUUGCUAUUCUCUUUUUUGUAUUUUGUUUUGUAUUUUUUUUUUUUUUUUUUUGCAAGAAGAAUAUAAAGCAUAAGAAAAUGGACUGUAGUGGAUAUAUCAUAAAAUAUUAAACCUGAAGGAUUUCUUUUACAUAUACAUAUUAUA